CUGUACACACGUGGUACAAUUCUCUCUCUUUCGCCGGCCAUCUUGAAUACGAUAAAAUGGCGGCUAGACCUUUAAUAACAGUGUAUGAUGAGGCAGGAGAAAAUGUAGGGCAGACCACUCUGCCUGCUGUGUUUAAAGCUCCCAUUCGUCCUGAUGUAGUUGGUUUUGUCCACACCAACAUGGCCAAAAACAAGCGGCAAGCUUAUGCUGUCAACAAACUUGCUGGGCAUCAGACCUCUGCUGAGUCGUGGGGUACUGGCCGUGCCGUUGCCAGGAUUCCACGUGUGCGGGGUGGUGGUACUCAUCGCUCAGGUCAAGGUGCUUUUGGCAAUAUGUGUCGUGGUGGCCGUAUGUUUGCUCCCACAAAAACCUGGCGCCGUUGGCAUCGUAAGAUCAACCAGAAACAGCGCCGCUAUGCCAUGUGUUCAGCCCUGGCAGCUUCAGCUCUCCCUGCUUUAGUGAUGGCCCGAGGUCACCGUGUUGAAGAGAUCCCUGAGGUCCCUCUUGUGGUGUCAGAUGCUGUUGAAUCCCUGCAGAAGACAAGUGCAGCAGUUAAACUGCUGAAGGCUGUUAAUGCUUAUGGGGAUGUGGAAAAGUGCAAGGAUUCCAAGAAGAUCCGUGCUGGCAAAGGUAAGCUGCGUAACCGAAGGACUGUAAUGCGCAAAGGACCGCUUGUCAUCUACAAUGAAGAUCAUGGAGUGAGGAAAGCUUUUCGCAACUUACCAGGGGUUGACAUCUUGUCAGUGGAUCGAUUGAAUCUCCUGAAGCUGUGUCCUGGUGGUCACAUGGGCAGGUUCUGUAUCUGGAGUAAAGGAGCCAUUGAGAAACUUGAUGCAUUGUAUGGAACUGGAAAGAAACCAUCUUCAGAAAAGAAGGAUUUCAAUCUCCCUCAACCAAUUAUGAGCAAUGCAGACCUCAAUCGCCUGAUCAACAGUGAGGAGAUACAGUCUGUUAUCAGACCAGCUGGACCAUCAAAGAGCCGCCGGGCAACCCGCAAGAAGAAUCCACUAAAGAACAUUGGCAUCAUGAUGAAACUGAACCCGCACGCCAAGAGCGUCAAACGAGCUGAAAUGCUGACUGUGGAGAGGAGGAGAGCGGCUAAAGAGGCUGUACUGAGUAAGAAGAGAGAAGGAAAAUAAGCUACUCUGAUGCUGUGUUAAAUGGACGAAUAAAAACAGCAAUUAAUUCAGUGGAA